AUGGGCAAGAAGGGCAAAGUCGGGAAGAGCCGGCGGGACAAGUUCUAUCACUUGGCAAAGGAGACUGGUUAUCGUUCCCGCUCUGCAUUCAAGCUGAUUCAGCUGAAUCGCCGCUUUCAGUUCCUGCAGAAAGCCCGAGCCUUGCUGGACCUGUGUGCUGCGCCAGGGGGAUGGCUGCAGGUGGCUGCCAAGUUUAUGCCUGUAUCAAGUCUUAUUGUGGGGGUGGAUUUGGUACCCAUCAAGCCUCUUCCCAAUGUGGUGACACUCCAAGAGGACAUCACAACAGAACGCUGUAGGCAGGCCUUGAGGAAGGAGCUGAAGACCUGGAAAGUUGACGUUGUGCUCAAUGACGGGGCCCCCAAUGUUGGGGCCAGCUGGGUCCAUGAUGCUUACUCACAAGCCAAUUUGACACUGAUGGCUCUCCGUUUGGCUUGUGAUUUUCUGGCCCGUGGUGGCUGCUUCAUCACAAAGGUUUUCCGUUCCCGUGACUAUCAGCCCCUGCUAUGGAUCUUCCAGCAGCUGUUCCGCCAUGUCCAGGCCACCAAGCCCCAGGCCUCGCGCCAUGAAUCUGCAGAGAUCUUUGUAGUCUGCCAGGGAUACCUGGCUCCUGACAAGGUUGACAGUAAAUUCUUUGACCCAAAAUUUGCCUUCAAGGAGGUUGAAGUUCAGGCCAAGACAGUUACUGAAUUAGUGACUAAGAAGAAACCAAAGGCUGAAGGCUAUGCUGAGGGUGACCUCACUCUCUAUCAUCGUACCUCAGUCACUGACUUCCUCCGAGCUGCCAAUCCUGUUGACUUCCUCUCCAAAGCCAGUGAAAUUGCACUAGAUGAUGAAGAGUUGGCCCAGCAUCCAGCUACCACUGAGGACAUACGGGUGUGCUGUCAGGAUAUCAAAGUGCUGGGGCGCAAGGAGCUUAGGUCCCUACUGAACUGGAGAACAAAGCUCCGGCGAUAUGUGGCCAAGAAGCUGAAAGAGCAAGCAAAGGCGUUGGACAUCAGCCUCAGCUCAGGAGAGGAGGAGGAAGGUGAUGAAGAGGACUCAACAGCUGGGACCCCGAGGCAGCUCUCUAAGGAGGAGGAAGAGGAGGAACAAUUGAAUCGGACCCUGGCAGAGAUGAAGGCCCAGGAGGUAGCAGAAUUAAAGAGGAAGAAAAAGAAGCUGCUGCGUGAGCAGAGGAAGCAGCGGGAGCGUGUGGAGCUGAAGAUGGAUCUUCCCGGGGUUUCCAUUGCAGACGAGGGGGAGACUGGCAUGUUCUCCCUGCGCACCAUCCGGGGUCACCAGUUGUUAGAGGAGGUAACACAAGGGGAUAUGAGUGCUGCAGACAUGUUUCUGUCCGAUCUGCCAAGAGAUGACAUCUAUGUGUCAGAUGGUGAAGAGGAAGAUGAUGAUGAUGCAUCUCUGGAUAGUGACCUGGAUCCAGAAGAGCUGGCAGGAGUCAGAGAUCCUCGGAGUCUAAAGGACCAAAAGAGUGUUCGGUUUGCUAAAGCAGAAGACGAUAAAGGGGAGGAGAAUGACGAAGAGAACCCAUUGCUGGUGCCUUUGGAGGAAAAGGGGGUCCUGAAGGAAGAACAAGCCAGCCUGUGGUUCUCGAAGGAUGGCUUCAGUGGGAUUGAGGAUGAUGCUGAUGAGGCUCUGGAGAUCAGCCAGGCCCAGCUGUUGUAUGAGAGCCGCCGGAAGGGGCAGCUGCAGCCGCCGCCGCCACCACUACCACCACCAUCUUCUAGUUCGAAGACAGAGAGAAAACCUUCCCAGUGCCCAGAUGAGGCCAUUAAGGCGACAGAGGCUCCACCAGGGACAGAGGCUGCCGCUGGCCCCGGGGGUGGGGAGAAGGAUGACAGCUCGGACAGUGAUAGCAGCAGCAGUGAGGAAGAGAGCUGGGAACCACGCCGUGGGAAGAAGCGAAGCCGAGGGCCUAAGUCCGAGGAGGAUGGGUUUGAGGUAGUGCCUAUCGAGGACCCAGUGAAACAUCGGAUCCUGGACCCUGAAGGCCUUGCUUUAGGUGCUAUUAUCGCCUCUUCCAAGAAGGCCAAGAGAGACCUCAUAGAUAAUUCCUUCAGCCGGUAUACAUUUAAUGAGGACGAAGGGGAGCUCCCAGAGUGGUUUGUGCAGGAGGAGAAGCAGCACAGGAUACGGCAAUUGCCUAUUGACAAGAAGGACGUGGAGCAUUAUCGGAAACGGUGGCGAGAAAUCAACGCACGUCCAAUCAAGAAAGUGGCUGAAGCUAAAGCCAGAAAGAAACGCAGGAUGCUGAAGAAGCUGGAACAAACCAAGAAGAAAGCAGAAGCAGUGGUGAACACGGUGGACAUCUCAGAACGAGAGAAAGUGGCACAGCUUCGAAGUCUCUAUAAGAAGGCUGGGCUUGGCAAGGAGAAACGCCAGGUCACCUAUGUCGUAGCCAAAAAAGGUGUGGGCCGCAAAGUGCGCCGACCAGCUGGAGUCAGAGGUCAUUUCAAAGUGGUGGACUCAAGGAUGAAGAAGGACCAAAGAGCACAGCAACGGAAGGAGAAGCAGAAGAAAAACAGGCGGAAGUAA